AUGGUACAUCGCUGCAAGAAACCGGGCGUUCCGGGUCUCAGAGAACAGAAUGUGUGUGCGGGCAUAGAUCAGCCGUCCAUCAUGGCAGCCGCCACUAGUGCCGGCUUCACUCUGGUCAAAGAGACCUUGGAGCAUCCCGAUAAUGAUGUGCUGCUAGAGGGUCGUUUCGAGGUGGAUUAUGUGCUGGGAGAUCAUUCCCAACAGUGCCUCCAGGAGACGGGCUGCAGCCGAGAGCAAGAGGCGGAGAUUCAGGCUUUCGUGCAGCGGCUACGCUACGAAGCCAAGCGGGCAAGAGCCCAGGUUAUGGCGGCCAUUGAUGUAUGGUGCGCAGUGUUCGAGUUGGAACGUUACGAUCCAGUGCAGGACAUCUUCACCACCACGUUCCCGCCUCUUUGUCGGUAA